GCAUAAAGAAUGCUCUGCUUUGUAUCAUCUACCACAUUUAAGCAGGCAUAACAAAGGUGACAAAUCAGAAUAGCACAGAGUAACAACGUGAAAGUAGAACCUGGCCGAGCACAUAUGUAUCCGGUUGUGAGACUUUUGAGGAAAUUUUCCUCCACCCAGAAGAGCAUCAACGAGGAGGAUAUCACCAUUUUGAAGAAAAAGCUAAGAUGCAAAUUUAAAAGUGUCGGCAUGCUCGAGCUAGACACGCUGAUAAACAACUACCUAAACAGUAACAUAAAUAGCAUGAACAAGGAGAAAGCAAAGCUACUCUACAAUCUGAUGGAUAUCGACACAACAAAUUUGUUGAAACUUUUUUAUUUUUAUUCGAACAAGGAAAAUCAGAAGGUGGAAAAGCUAGCAGAGUAUUUAAAGAACGUAGACGAGGAGGAAAUAAAAGACACGUUCAAGUUGCUAAUGGAUAUUUUGCAUAAUAACGAAAAGAUUGUCCGUUCGUGAUGGAUAUAGAGAAAGGGUAGAAGUGCAAAAUUGGGAAAAAAUUUACCUGAUCAUCAUUCGGUUCCCACUUUGGUGGUGUUGCUCUUCGUUGGACUUUUUUAUCAGUACUCGACGUAGUUGGAUAAGCUGCAGAAUUGGUGAAGCGGAUCGGAGAGGUGGUGGGGGAGUUAUUUGGGCGUGCCGCUGGUUACUCUCCCAUUUUUUCCUCCGUAUUGUG